ACAGGAAGGAAGAGAGGUUAUAGCUGUCUUGUGCUCGCUGGUUAUAUAGCACAUAAACUGUAGAGCUCGCUAUGAAAUGAGGAAAUAAAAUCGGUUAUAGAGUAGUAGAACUUUGGAGACGCCGCGUGGAGCUGUCCGAAACUCGGCGAAGGCAGCGAGAUAUCUUGGCAAUAAACUGUGCGAUCAUAGAGAAUGAGUGUAAACGGCAAAGACAAGGACCCUGCUGCCCUGCGGGAGGAUGGGAACAGCCUGUUCAAGAAUGGAGAUUACCAGGGAGCCCUGUCCUGCUACACCAGGGCCCUUAGACUAAGUGACAGCCAGGCAGAGAGUGCUGUCCUGCACCGCAACCGGGCAGCCUGCUACCUCAAGCUGGAGGACUAUUCCAAGGCAGAGGCCGAUGCUACAAAAGCGCUGGACGCCGACCCCGGGGAUGUGAAAGCCCGGUUCCGCCGCUCACAGGCGCUGCAGAAGCUGGGGCGUUUGGACCAGGCCUUCUUGGAUGUCCAGAGGUGCGCACAGAUGGAGCCCAAGAACAAGGCCUUCCAGGAGUCACUGCGGCAGUUAGGAGCUCAGAUCCAGCAGAAGGCUCUACAGCUCUCCUCCACAGAUGCUCGCGUACAGCAGAUGUUCUCUCUCCUCUUGGACUCCUCCUCACAGCCUUCCGAUAGGCAGAAGGCGGCUCAGAACCUAGUCGUGCUGUCUCGGGAGGAGGCAGGUGCAGAGCAGAUCUUUCGCAAUGAUGGUGUGAGGCUCCUGCAGAGACUGCUGGACUCUAAGCAAGAAGACACGACAUUGUCAGCUCUGAGGACACUCGUAGGACUGUGCACUGGGCAUCAAUCCAGAACCAUGGCCAUCGUGAAUGAGCUGGGCAUGGAGCGGCUGUGUGCUGUGAUGGGCAUGAAGGGAGAGGCGGUCUCCCUGGCUGCCUGUCACCUCCUGCAAGUCAUGUUUGAGGCUCUGAUGGAAGGCAUGAAGAAGGAGGUACGGGGCAAGGAGGAGGCUAUCCUGCCAGAGCCGUCCCGUGAGCUGCGCUCCAUGUUGUGCCACCUGGUCGAUGUGCUGGCAAUGGAAGAGGUGUCAGGGCCUGGCCGGGAUGGUGCCAUAAACCUGCUGGUCAAACAAGUCCCACGCAAAUCUCUGAAAGACCCUAACAACUCGCUGACUCUCUGGGUGAUUGAUCAGGGGCUCAAGAAAAUUCUAGAGGUGUCUGGAACAGUCCCUGGUGUUUUGGAUGGACCCCCACUGACUGACAACACCCACAUGAGCUGUUCGGUGCUCCUCAACAAGCUGUAUGACGAUCUGAAGAGCGAUGGGGAGAGGGAGAACUUCAGCCGCCUCUGCGAACAAUACAUCCAGCAUCACUUUGCGGCCCCAGGGCUGAAUGGGAAGCUGAGGGCCAUCCAGGCAGUGUCUGUGUUGCUGCAGGGUCCUAGCGAUGUAGGCAACCGGACCCUAGAGCUCUCGGGCAUCAUGGACAGCAUCAUCUCCCUCUGCGCCUCUCCCGACCUGAGUCACCAGCAGGUGGCAGUAGAGGCUCUGAUCCACGCAGCGGGCAAAGCCAAGAGGGCCUCCUUCAUCACGGCCAAUGGGGUGACGCUGCUCAAGGACCUCUACAAGAAGAGCGAGAACGACAGGAUCCGUGUGCGUGCGCUCGUGGGUCUGUGUAAGCUGGGGUCUGCAGGCGGUACUGAUUUCAGCAUGAAGCAGUUUGCCGAGGGAUCCACUCUGAAACUAGCCAAGCAGUGCAGAAAGUGGCUGUGCAAUGAGGCUCUUCCUCCCAGCUCACGGCGUUGGGCAAUCGAGGGCCUGGCAUACCUUACCUUCGAUGCUGAUGUGAAGGAGGAUUUGGCAGAGGACAGGCAGGCUCUGCAGGCCAUGUUCCAGCUGGCAAAGUCUGAAGAUAAGACGGUGCUCUUUGCUGUGGGCUCCACGCUGGUCAACUGCACUAACAGCUAUGAUGUCGAGAAGCCUGACCCCCAGCUGGUGGAGCUGGCAAAGUAUGCCAAGCAGCACGUUCCUGAGGAGCACCCGAAGGACGCCCAGGCUUUCGUGCAGAAGCGCCUGUCCAAGUUCCUGGAGGCCGGGGUGGUGUCGGCUCUAGUGUGCAUGGUCAAGCAGGAGAGUCCUGCCCUGACCGAGUCGUGCAGGGAGUGCGUUUCCAGGGUGUUCCUGGCUCUGGUGGAGAGGCAGGAGGACAGAGGCACAGUAGUGGCUCAGGGGGGUGGGAAGGCCCUGAUCCCCUUGGCAACAGAAGGCACGGAUGUAGGGAAAACCAAGGCAGCACAGGCCCUGGCGAAGAUUGCCAUUACGUCUAACCCUGAAAUUGCCUUCCCUGGAGAGCGGAUCUAUGAGGUGGUGCGACCGCUGGUGAGCCUGUUGGCCCUGGAUCGCACUUUGCUGCAGAACUUUGAAGCCCUCAUGGCGCUCACCAACCUAGCAGGCAUCAGCGAGAGGCUCAGGCAGAAGAUCAUCAAGGAGAAAGCUGUGCCGAAAAUUGAAGGGUACAUGUUCGAGGAGCACGAGUUGGUCCGCGCAGCAGCCACUGAGUGCAUGUGUAACCUGGUCCUGAGCACGGAGGUUCAGGAGCUUUUCGUCGCCACGGGAAGCGACCGUCUGAAGCUGCUGGUGCUGUACAGUGGGGAAGACGAUGAGAGGCUGAGGAAGGCUGCGGCAGGCACCCUGGCAAUGCUGACAUCUGUGCAGCCGCAGCUCUGCGCCCGUGUCCCCGCCACAACCACCCAUUGGCUGGAGAUCCUGCAGGCGCUGUUGCUGAGCGACACCGUGGAGCUGCAGCACCGAGGCGCUGCCCUCGUGCUCAACCUGAUGCAGGCUGAGCGGACCCUGGCCGAGACACUCAUGGAGAGCGAGGUGCUGGAGAUCCUGACCGUCCUGGCCAAGGGGGACAUCGCAACACAGAGCCCCGCUGCCAAGACUGCCAAGCAGUGUCUGGAUGUGGCAGUGGAGUAUGGCAUUAUCAGAAGUCUUGGGAGCGAGGGCACCAGCGAGGAGCUGCUGGCCUAGUCGGGCUCCGAGUGCCUUUCACUCCCUCUGAUCAUGCUGAGGAAAUGGUGCUGUGGGACUGCACUCAUCGAAGAAGAAGGUUGUUUUCCAGUCGUGUAAUUUAGAGGGAAUUAGGCUGUAACAGGGACACUAGCCUUGGAAUUCACUCUUUUGUCUAGGCACUUCCUCUGUCUUCUUCAGACAUCCACUUGGCACUACAUGGGUUUUAAACAAACAUGCCCGUCAUCCGAUCGCUAUGAAGUAGGAUUAUGUCUUCCUUGACACUUUAAACAAGGGAUCAGAACACAGACACUGUAAAUCUGCUCCUUUUUUUGUGGCUGUAGACUUCAGGAAUGGGACCAAAGAUUGCCUUCUGUUGUCUUAAUUUUCUGAAUUAUUAUCCAAAUCUGUCUAAUUAUUCUAUUUUAUUGCCCACUGCCCAAGGGUUAUCUGUGUUGUUGAACUAUUUUUACUGUUUUUUUGUCCCCAAAAGAACAUUCAUUAAAACUGAUCUGCUCCACACAUCCUAAAAACAUUUAACUCUUUAUUCACACAAAAAAAACACUUAAUUGGAGGAAAAAAGGAUAAAAAAUGUAAUUUA